AUGACUUUACUUCGCCUUGCGGUCGUCACUAAGAUUUCCAGAUACUUCAAAGCAACUUCCCGUGCGGUCCAUAGCACUCCUCCCGACAUCGACUCAUCGACGGCCUACGCACAGCACAUCCCUCGCUUAGCAGCAGAUCCGAAUCUCAAUGCGCUCGCACAGCUGGAGGUUACGCGCCUCGAUUGCGAACGCGCCUUCAUCUCGCUAAUAGACAGUCGAAACCAACACAUCAUAUCCGAGACAACAAGAUCUAUCUCACUCUUUGACACCGAUAUCCAUGAGCCUGGUGAUGGGCUGUGCAUGGGCGAGGUUCCUCUUGAUUUAUUUGCUGGAGUCUGCGCUGGAACAAUACCCAUCUUCACAAGCCAGACAGGUGAAAAGAUACGAACCAAAAACAUCUACGCCGACCAGUCGCGCUAUGUUAUCAACGACUUCACUCAGGAAGCUAUAUAUAAAACGCCGCCUUAUGUCACAGGAUUUCCACACAUGAGAUACUAUGCCGAGGUACCUUUGAAGUCGAAGUCAGGCUAUGUCCUGGGCUCUUACUGUGUCGUUGAUAGUAAACCACGUGCCGGUUUGGAUGAUGAUGGCUAUAGGGUCCUGACCGAGGUCGCCUCUGCUGUCAUGCGCCAUCUGGACUUGAUUAAGACAAACGAUGAUCAUAGCCGAUCGACGCAACUCUUCCAUGGUCUACACGAUUUUGCCCUCAGCCACCCUCUCGGUGACGAUGAGCCGGAAUCCGGCAAGGACAUGUCAAUCACGGAUAGUUCUUCACGCAAAAUUUCGGACGCUGCAAGGGUUCACGAAACUGAGGUUCCCAUCAGGAUAUCGUCCCACAUUCCUUCUUCAUUCUCACAACAUUCUCGAAAGCAAGUGGGAGCAUCGGCGCCCAUGAAGGGUUUGGACAACUCCAUGAUCAGCCUUAAUACGGAAUCCCCUACCAGACAAAGACAACUUCUCCCCCGUCCUGCAAUGCUUUCCUCCGCAAAUUUGACACCGCCAAUGGCAAGCAAUUCUCCAAAUGAACUCUUUACAGCAUGCACGUUGCAUUCACCUGUGAACCAGAAAGCUGCCAGUGCCGAGACUUCUGAUCAAAGUGGACUUUCGUAA